UUUCCUUGUCCGUACUCCAUAUCUCUCAAAAACAGACACUCUCAUUUCGUCACGCUCUCUCUUUCUCACAUUCACUCACUAUGGAUACCCUCCUCCACACCCCAACCUCCAUGGCCAAGCGUCCCUGCUCUUUUCCUUCCUCUCCCUCUCCAUCCCCAAACCCUAACAUGAACAAUCAACUCGAUAAUCUCCUCCGAACUUUUCUUAACCUCGCUGACUCUCCUUCUCUCUCCAUCGACCACUCCUUCGAGCAUCUCCUCGAGUCUUCCCCUUGCGAUGCUGAUAAGUCUCUCCUCAUCGAUCGCGCCCUUAAAUUAGGAUCGCUGCUUCUCGAAGCCGGCAAGCGCUCUGCUAGGAAACGCUCUUCUGUUCAUAAUUCACUCACUUGGGCUCUCCCUCCCGAUCUCACCAUUAAGGUGCUUUCCAUGCUUGAUACACAAAGCCUGUGCUAUGCUGCUGCAACUUGUUCAAUGUUCUACAAAUGUGCCAUGGAUCCCUUGUGCUAUGCUAAUAUUGACUUGACGACUGUUGUCCCAAAAGUUAAUAACGCUGUUGUGUCUACAAUGAUCCAGCGUGCUGGGAAAGCGCUUCUGUCUCUUAAGCUUGGUAUAGUUCCAGGUCCGAUUAUGUCUCGUGGAUCUUGUCAACCGAUGGUAUAUGGCAUCCAGAACGCUGUAGAAGUGUCCAACUUUUCAUGGAAUGAUAAAAAGACCAGACAGGGGAAGGAGUCAUCGAUUCUUAGUAGAUCCUGCUUAAAUCCUUUAAGUGGGGACAGUGGUGCUGCUGGGGCUGUUUUGAGAGGGUUGCAUUUAUACAAUAUUGAAAGAAUUGACAACACAUCUCUCUGUGGGGCAUUGUCAGCCUGCCCAUCUCUGCUUGAUCUGGAAAUAAUUGGCCUACAUGUUGAGUUGAGGCAAACAUUGGUGUCGGUCAGCAUGAAUUGUCCCUUGAUAGAGCGUUUGUUUUUCGAAUCUUCAAAAACAGGAAGAGAUGACAGCCUGAAAUCGCCAACAUGUGUGGAGCUGGUAAAUAAUUGUCCAAAUUUAACUUCAUUGGCUCUUAGAGGUUUCAAGCUGUAUGAUUAUAAACUUCGCAUACUUGUUAAGGGAUUUCGCAAGCUAAAAUAUGUUGAUUUUUCAACAUCAUAUUCUAUCACUGGAAGUUUUUUGAGGAACCUUGGAGGUAACAUAGGUGGGAGUCUGCUGGAAGUUAUGAUUUUGCGAGACUGCAUACAUCUCAAAGAGCUGGAAGUUGCACGAUUAUUAACAUCAGUUCUUGCUGGGGACUUUAAAUAUCUUCAACAUCUUGAUAUAUCAAACAGGGAAGGUUUGGCUGCUGCAGGUGACUCAUAUGGUAGAUGUUACAGUUCAAGUAUCAUUCCUAUGAAGCAAGUAUUAGAAGAAAGACCUGAAAUCUGUUUGCUAGCAGAAUUUCCAUCAGAAGGAAGUUUUAUCGACAUCAGCCAAAUGACUGAUAGCGAUCUAAAUAGCGAGGUCAGCUUGUCAUCAUUACUGAGCAGUAUUGCAUCAGAUGGUUCGUCUUUUAUGUACACAUCGGAAAGCAACUAUAGUAGUGAUCAGACAAGUGGGAAUGAGGAGGGUAGAGAUUCUGGUUAUGUUGUUUGUGAGGAAAGCUCAGAUGAGUAUGAUUAUCUGCUUGGCUAGGUGAACCAUCAAGUUCAGCAAGGUUUGGAAUCGUGGCCACUAAUGAAUUAGAUUUAUGCAGGAGGCUCUUAUUGAGAGCAAGCUGACUAGAACCAUUGUUGAAUGUACUCGUGGGCAGUGGACUUGAUUGCACAUAUGCCAUCACAUUCAUGCCUCCCUCAGAGUCAGAUACCUGUGGAUUUUAAAAGCUGCCGAUAUUUGCCCGGACAGACAUUUGAGUUGGGGUCUGCCCUUGUUUACUGAGAUGACUGUUGAAAGCCUUUGGGGAAUUUUUUUUUUUUAAUCUUUUCCCCUGAAUUGUGGACGCUUUUACCUCCCUGUAAAGUUUGUAUUCAGGGUAUUGGAUGACAUCUUUCUUAUUAAUUAUCUAUGAUAAAUUUAUGACGUCCCUUACAUCGGGGAAUAUUGAUUGAA